AUGAAAAAUGAGACAGAAGAUUUUUUAAUAGCUUUUUUGUUUGAUAUAGUAUUUUUUGCUAUUUGUGUUUGUAUAUGGUUAUAUUUACGAAAGAAAAGAGAUGAAAGUAAAAUAAGUGACAAUAUAUACAUAUUAAAUAAUCAAACUCAAGGAAAUAUAAAAUUAGAAAAAGGUUUGGGAAAUGAUGGAAAUAAAAAAGAAAAGAUAUCAGAAAAAAAAAGACGAGAAAAUAAAUUUCGAACGUUUUUAAAUAUAAAAGAUGAUAAAAUUGUUAAUACAGAAAUAAAAUAUUAUUUAUUUUUUUUAAAAGCAAAUAGAAAUAUUAUAUUUUCUUUGUGUAUAUUAGGGAUAUUUUUAGUAUUGCCAUUAUAUUUAUCUUUACCACGAAAUAAUUUAAACAAUCCUUCUUUUUUUAAUUAUAUAAGUGCUGGAAAAAUAUCUGAUAUUAAUGUAUUGACAAUUUUAUUUUUUAUUACAAUAAUAUAUAGUGCAAUUUCUUAUACAUUUAUAUAUUUGUUAUGGAGAAAAAUCAGACCAAAUAAAAAAAAAACAAAAAAAUUUUUACCUCAAAAUUUUACUAUUAUGGUUUCCCAUAUCGAUAAAAAUGAAAUAAAUGCUUAUAAAAUAUAUAAAUAUUUUUGUAAUUUAACAAAUAAUAAAGUUGUUUCUGCAUAUCUUAUAUUAGAUUAUUCAAUUGUUUAUCAUGAACAAAAAAAAAUAUUUAACGCAACUAAAAAUUUAAAGCUUCUUAAAGAAAAUGAAGAAAAAAAAAGCAUUAAAAAAGACAGAUCAAGAACUUUUUUUAGAAGUUUUUUAAGUAAAAAUAAGAAAACAACAGAUUCUAUGUUAUCUAUAUGUGAUAAAAAUGAAGUAGAGGUAUAUAAUAAUGUUAAUGAUAAAUCGAAAUCUGUUAAUAUUGAUGGAAAAAAAAAGUGUGAGAAUUGUAAAGAUGAUAUGUUAAAAGUGUAUGGAAAUAAAAUAUAUUUAAGAAAUAAAUAUUAUAGUGAAACUCCAAAUGAGGAAGGAUAUAAUGUGGAACAUAAUGAAAUGACAAGUAAUAAUAAUAAUAAUAAAUGCGAAAAUUAUAUUGGGGUUAAUACAGAAAGUAACGACAUAUUACAAUAUAUAGAUCAUAUUAAAGGAACUGAUGAUAUUGAUAAUAAUGAAACGUUAUAUAGUUCACAUAAAAAAAAAAAAAAAAAUAUAACUCCAAAUAAUAGUAGUAAUAACUAUGAUGAAAAUAGUAAUUAUGAUAGUGAAAAUAAAAGAGGCAAUUGUAAUGGUGAAAAUGAAAUGUAUUCAAAAGAAUCAAGUGAUGAAGAUGAUUAUGAUGAAAUAGAAGACAAUAAAAUGAAUAAUACAAAUAUAGCAGAUAAAAAUUAUCCAUAUAAACUUCAUAUCGAAAAAAAUUUAAUUAAUAAUAAUAAUGAAAUGAUAUUUUAUGGGGUAGGGUCAUUUUCAAAUAAAGAAAAAAAUAAAUUUUCUAUUAAAUUAAAAAAAAAUAAAGAUAAAUACAAUUUUGAAUCUAAAAAGAAUAUAUUUAAUAAAUUACAUUUUUUUAAAAAAAGUAAAAAAAGUCAUUGGAAAAAAAAAUUAAAAGAACAUUUAAUAAAAUUUUAUCAUGUUCAAAAUGAAACCCCUAAAAAAUCAACGGGUGUAUGCUUUGUUUCAUUUAUUGAUACAAAAUCAGUUCAUGAUUGUAUUCAUAAUAUUCCUUUUACUGAAAGGAAUAAAUGGGUUAUAUCAAAUGCUCCUCCUAAUUAUGAUAUUAUUUGGAAAAAUCUUAAAAAUCAUAGUUAUAAGAUAUGUGCACGUUUUAUUAUAUUAAAUGCUUUAUUAGUGUUGGCUAACACCAUUAUUAUUUUAACAGUUACAUCAAUUGAUAAUAUUAUAAAAUUAUUGAUUAAAAAAUAUAGGGAUGAAUAUCCUAAUUCAGGAAGUAUUAGUGCUAUUUUAACAACUUGGCUAUCUCCCUUUAUUGUUAUCUUUGUGAAUAGUAUUAUUCAACCAGCUUUAAUUACUGGAGUGUCAAUGGCAAUUGGAUUUAUACGAAAAUCAAGCGAGCACACAUAUGUGUUGCAAGGAAAUUUUAUUUUCUUAAUUUUAAAUACAAUUCUUAUUCCAUUGCUUUCUUUAUCUCCGCUUAGCUCAAUAAUUAAGGUUAUGUAUUCCGAUGAAAUAGGACAAUGGUCGACGCGUUUAGGGGCUUAUUUAUUUAAUUCUAGUGGUUUUUUUGCUAUGAGAUAUUUACUUCAUUGCUGUUUUUUGACAUGUGCAAAUCAGUUAUUGCAAAUUCCCCAGUUUUCAAUUAGGUCAAUUGUUAAAACUGUAACAAAAAAAGAAAUAAACACAUGGACCUUUGAUUUUGGCUAUUGGUAUGGAUUUAACACAACCAUUUUAGCUUUGAUCUUAACCUUUAGCGUUGCUGUUCCCUUCAUUCUACCCUUAGGGUCGUUAUAUUUUUUUCUGCGAUAUUACAUAGAUAAGUAUAACUUGAUUUAUGAAGUAUGUCGAACAAAUUUGGAUAGUCAUGGAGCUAUAAUAAGAACAGCGAUUAAAUUCAUGCUCUUUUCAGUUGCCUUUUUUCAACUUGUUAUGUUCACCUUUUUUUCAAGAGUGCAGAAUAAGUUUAUUUCAGUUGGUCGAAAUAUUCUUUUUUUAUCAUCAUCCCUUACGACCCUAUUACUUUUAUGCAGAUCUACCGAAUGGGUUAGUACAAAUCAUAUUAAAAAAAAAAAAGGGAAAAGGACUUUUUGUUAUUUAUGUGAGAAAAAUGUUUAUGUAAGUAACUUGAAGGAUUUAAACAAAUUAAAAUAUGCAUAUGCUAAUCCAUACGAAACAAAACGAUAA